UUUUAUGUCCCCAAGACUGUUAAGUUAAACCCGCCCAACUGUGGAAGAGCCUACAAUCACGGACAAGUCGAGAGCAGAAGAGGCAUUUCAUCAUUAGUGUCUUAAAGAGCAGGACUGGUAGCAUCGCCGCCUGGAAAUCGUCACGCGAUCUCGGGAGUACUGCUCUGACUUCGUUCGCAGGUGUCAGCCUGCACAUCCAAGUUUCCCAUCUGUGGAUCCGAAGAGAACAAUGGGAGACAACCAGCCCCUGCUGAGUAGUGGACGUCGACAGUACGGCACAGUACCGGAGACAGAAAAAAAAACAUCCACCAGUAACAAAUGGCUGUACCUGGCGGUGUUUUCAGCAGUCCUUGGGAAUUUUAAUUUUGGAUAUUCAAUGGUUUACCCAUCAUCUGUUAUCCCGCAAAUGCAAAAUUCUCCCAAUCCUAACCUGAAGCUGAACAUUGACCAGAUAUCAUGGUUUGGGUCGAUCUUCACUCUAGGAGCUGCGAGUGGGGGUCUGAGCAGCAUGCUACUAAAUGAUAGGCUUGGCCGAAAGCUUUGGAUCAUGUUGUCUGCAAUACCUUCAGUGGUGGGUUAUGCCAUAAUGGCAGCAGCUCAGAAUUUCUGGAUGUUGCUGCUUGGGCGUUUCCUGACAGGAGUAGCAGGAGGAAUAACAGCUUCAUCAAUACCGGUGUAUGUUUCUGAAAUUUCCAACCCCAAGUUGCGUGGCAGGUUAGGAUCCUGCCCUCAGAUGACAGCUGUCUUUGGCUCACUAGCUCUGUAUGCGCUUGGACUGGCUCUUCCAUGGCGCUGGCUGGCUGUGGCAGGAGAGGUCCCUGCUUUGAUUAUGUUGAUUUUACUGUGCUUUAUGCCAGAGUCUCCUCGUUUCCUUAUCUCAAAAAACAAAGGAGAAGAGGCAGAGCAAUCACUUGUUUGGCUGCGAGGAAAAACCUCUGACUAUAUGCGUGAAUACAGAAGUAUAGAGAGGAGUUUGAACUUGCAGGGUAAACUUUCCUGGUCAGAGCUCCAGAAUCCCCGCGUGUACAAACCCAUCCUUAUCUCUGUGGGCAUGAGAUUUCUGCAGCAGAUGACUGGCAUCACUCCCAUCCUUGUGUACCUGGAGCCCAUUUUCAAGCAGACCAAAGUUAUCUUGCCAGCACAAUUUGAUGCGGCCCUUGUAGGUGCAGUGCGGCUGAUCUCUGUUACCAUUUCUGCCAGCUGCAUGGAUAAAGCCGGGAGGAAGAUUCUUCUUUUUGUGUCAAGCAUCCUGAUGUUCCUUUCCACACUUAGCAUGGGUUUGUACACGGACCUCAUACAGUCCCACUACAAUGCAAGCUUAGUCGACAUGUCUUCAGUAGUGAACUCCACCCAGUCAGAUGUGCUGUACGGUGUCAAGAAUCCCCUCACCUUGAUACCGCUCAUCAGCACCAUGGUCAUCAUAUUUGGUUAUGCAAUGGGUUGGGGGCCCAUCACAUGGCUCCUAAUGUCCGAGAUUUUGCCUUUGAAUGCCAGAGGAGUGGCAUCUGGCCUUUGUGUUUUGGUCAGCUGGGUUACAGCCUUCAUCCUGACACAACUGUUCAUGAAAGUAGUGGAUGCAUAUGGCCUUUUCGUCCCCUUUUUCUUUUUCACUGCGGUGUGCUUUAUGAACUUCAUAUUCACUGCAGUUUGUGUGCCUGAAACCAAGGGGCGCUCCCUAGAAGAGAUUGAGAACUACUUUCGAACGGGGCGUAAAUUCACCAUCAUCGAAAGCCAUGCUGAUGCUGCCUCGCCAUCCUGAGCCACUUUGCCACAAGACUUGAAAUAAUGUGCAAUAAACCCAUGUGGGACCUCAGAAACUCCAGAACUACUUAAGGAACCAAAGCAGCUUUAUUUUGGAACUGGACUGAUUGGUACAGAUGAUAUUGGGCCACUACAGGUAAACUGGAAAUUCUGUGCAUCAGUAUGAAAAACACAACAAAUCAGUUGGAAAAUGACACAACUUCCACAGCAUAAAGCCAGUCCAGAGUGGCACUGCCAUUUUAAUAAAUAAGAAAAUUGUUUACAAAAUAACCCUAAACUGCACAGUAUCCUAAAAAUGUUUCUUAUCAGGAGAAUAUUAUAAAUCUGGUAUAUUCCAUAGCCAUAUAAAUAUGGAAAAUAAGUUUAGUGCAGAUGUGUUCUACCUCUGGAAGUGACAAAGACUGACACUGCAGGAAUAAACAUCCUGAAAAAUGGCUGGGCACUGAGGAGGGGAAGAUGACGUUUCCAAUGCUUUGUGUCACCCAGUCAAUAUUUAUUACAGCAGCUUUCCUAGCCAUCGAAAGGCAAUUUGUAAAGGAAACAAUAAUUAAAUAAUAAGCAGCCCAAACCCAAGUGCAUUAUUACAUAAACAGAUGACUGUCUCAACAAAGUCAUCACCAUCCGGGAACCCCCUGUUUUGUCUCAUUUGCCAUUCUCUCAACGUUUCAGAUAGCAUAGAGCAGAAGGCUUUUGUGUCAGUAUUCAAGUAUGUCUGGUGUAUUCUGUAUAGGUAUAAUAUAUUUAUAUAUAAGUUUAAAAAUACUGCAUGCCCUGCUAAUGCCAAAUAUCAGCCCUUUGUCAUUAAGAAAAUUGGAAAAUGUUAAAAAGUGCAAUACUUUAACACUGGGUUUCAUUUAAAAUAUACUCAUUUGUUAAGCUGUUAUUGCUGUGUUAAAAUUUCCAAACUUAAGGAAUCCUGUUUAUAAUACUGUAAUGUACUGUAUUUUCAUUUAAUUACACAUUGGUGCUGAAAUUUAGUGUUUUCAAAUUAGAGUCAGAAUUAAGAUUUUAUUUUUUUAUACAACAAAAUGUAAUGUAUGCUGACAAAAUCAUGGUAGGCGUGCAUUGCAAAAACAAAUAUUUGAAAGUAGAAAGGGUUGCAAGGAACCAAAGUGGCUAAUCCAUACAAUGUAAUACUUGAAUGAAAUUCAGCGACUUUAAAGAGGUGUUUAUGAUCCCCCCCCCCACCACCUUUCCCCACCAGGCAUGGAAGUAAUGAGAAACCGGGUGUCCACAUGGUCAAGUAAAACAUUUACUGUAUGGGCUAGUGUGCAGACUAAAGUAUGGAUACAUACUAUGGAGCGCAAAAUAUGUACAAAAUAAAGAUUGCUUAUUUAAUU